ACAAUAUUAUCAGUACUACUGCACUUGCUUGUUCCUAUAACUUGCUAUUUGAUUGUUUCUUUCAGUUCCAAAGCGGGUUUUUAGUGAAAAUGGCUUUGACUGGUAAGAUAGAGACGGAUGUAGAAAUCAAGGCUUCUGCUGCACAGUUCCACGAAAUGUUCACCCACAAACCACACCACAUUUCCAAUAUCAGCUCCAACCACAUUCAAGGCGUUGACUUACAUGAAGGUGACUGGGGAACAGUCGGUGCUAUCGUCUACUGGAAUUACUUCCAUGAUGGGAAAGCAAGAGUUGCCAAGGAAAGAAUUGAGGCCAUAGACGCGGAAAAAAACUUGGUGACUUUCAGAGUAAUUGAGGGAGACCUUAUGGAGCAUUACAAGAGCUUCUUGUUCACCAUUCAAGCCUCUCCGAAAGGCGAGGGCUGCUCCGUGCACUGGACUCUGGAAUAUGAGAAGCAUCACGGUGAUAUUACCGACCCGCAUACGCUGCUCCAGAUUGCAGUCGAGGUUUCUAACGACAUCGAUGCUCACCUUACUGCCCAAGCAUAGUAACACAUGAACAAAGCACAACGCUUAUAUAUAUAUAUAUAUAUAUAUAUAUAUAUAUAUAUAUAUAUAUAU